CUCGUUUUUUUUUCCAUUCACCCAAAACAGCUGUUCCCUACCAACUUCAUCUUCUUAUCACUUACCUUUAUUUUAAAUUAUUUUUUAUUAUUUAAAUUUGUUAUCAACAAUCCGCAAUCAUUCUUCGUGUUAACGUGAUGCAACUAGUCAAAAAAACAAUCAAUCCAACUGGAGGGAAGCACUCAGCGACAGUAAUAUUCUUCCACGGUUCUGGUGACACCGGAUCAAAUCUUGUUGAAUGGGUUCGUUUUUUACUCGGAAGGGAUUUAGACUUUCCUCACAUAAAAUUAAUUUAUCCAACUGCUCCAUUGCAACCAUAUACUCCAUUAAAUGGCGAGCUUUCAAAUGUUUGGUUUGAUAGACGUUCAAUUACAAUUGAUGCCAAAGAAAAUAGAAAAAGUCUAGCAAGUAUUUAUGAGACUGUUCAUGAGUUAAUCAAUGAAGAAGAAAAGCUAGGAAUUCCCCCGGAGAGAAUAAUUGUCGGUGGAUUCUCGAUGGGUGGUGCUUUAGCUCUUCAUACUGCCUAUCAUUUAAAUACAGACUUGGCGGGAGUAUUCGCAUGCUCGUCAUUCCUUAAUCGUGAUUCAAUUGUUUAUGAUUCGUUGAAAAAUCGAACGAAACCUGGCACAGAUUUGCCAGAAUUGAAAAUGUUUCAUGGUUCAAGAGAUUUGAUGGUUCCUUCGUCAUGGGGACAGGAAUCUUACGAUGAAUUGACGAAAUUGGGAGUUAAAGGACAAUUUUCUCUGUUACAAAAUACACUGCACGAGUUGAAGAAACGAGAGCUAUUGGAUAUUCAAGAGUGGAUUAGUGUCAAACUGCCGCCGUUGACAAAUGAUUUACAAAAUAAGUUAUAAGGGGUUUAAUUGGGUAAUUGGGUGGACGAAAUUAAAAAAAAAAUAUUUAAUAAAAUUUAAAUUGCUUACAGUUAUA